ACUGGAGAAGCGGAAGACCUGCUAGAAAGCUGUGGAAAAUGAAAGCAAAUGAAGUAAAAUUAUAAUCAUUGUUCUGUUGUCAGCGGGUAAGGCUGUACGCGGCGCAGCUUUGCAUCGUUUAACGACCAGAUUUAUAUCUGUAUCAGACGGAAUGGCCCUCCGCUACCAAAACAAAGUUGCUAUCGUCACUGGAGGAUCCAAAGGGAUUGGCAGAGGGGUUGUCAAAGUGUUUGUGCAGAAUGGUGCCACGGUGGUGUUUUGUGCAAGAGGAGGUGCUGCAGGUGAAGCUCUAGAGGCAGAGCUAAACAAAGAAGGGCCAGGAUCAUGCAAAUUUGUCACAUGUGACAUCUCCAAGGAGGAUGAUAUCAAGAAAUUGAUUACAGUCACAGUGGAGCUUUAUGGACACAUCGACUGUCUGGUCAACAAUGCAGGGUGGCACCCGCCUCCUAAACCUACUGACGACACCACAGCAGAGGAGUUCAGAGAGCUGCUCAGUCUGAACCUCAUCAGCUACUUCUUGGCUUCUAAAUAUGCGCUGCCAUACCUGCGACAGCGUCAAGGAAACAUCAUUAAUGUGUCCAGUCUUGUGGGCACCAUCGGGCAGAAAGAUGCUGCUCCUUAUGUCGCCACCAAGGGGGCGAUCAUUUCCAUGACAAAGGCGAUGGCUGUGGAUGAGAGUCGUUACAAUGUCAGAGUCAACUGCAUGUCUCCAGGUAAUGUGAUGACACCUUUAUGGGAAGAAUUAGCAGGGUGGACCCCAGAUGCUGCAGCUGCCAUUAAAAUGGGAGAAGAUGCUCAGCUGAUGGGCCGCAUGGGGACUGAGGCGGAGUGUGGACUGGCUGCCCUAUAUCUCGCUGCUGAUGCUACUUUCUGCACCGGGAUUGACCUGCUGAUCAGCGGAGGAGCUGAACUCAACUAUGGCUUCAAAAGUCAGAUCCCGUCCUGACCCGCUGGGCCUCCACAGUCUCUUCAUGGUUACAGAACACACUGUUUAACAGAUUAAUUUGAUUAAUUCAAAAUGUUAAAGGCUCUAUUCUAUUAUAAAGCCACGUCCGGUUCUUUCAAACCAGGAACUCAGUGAGAC